GCGGCACACUGUGCUAUCCUGUAAACAAGAAGUGACAGUAGGCUGAGCAGGGGUAGAGAGUGGGGCUGCCGCUGGCACGUCCUUCAACUCCGAACAUGAAGCGUGACUAAAACCCCCUUCUGGGGCUCCUUCUGUGAGAGAAGAUGAACCCAUACCAGUAUCGGGCACCACCAGUAGGAAUCGAGCUGGUACCCAGACCCCUAAAGAUGCGCCUCACUGUUCGUCCUUUGAGUGUGGGCGCGGGGAGCCACGCUAGGCAGGGAGCGCUGGGCCAGCUGCUCGGGUUGUCCCUGGGGGUGGUGCUUGGGGUCAUACUCACCUCUUUGAUCAAACACUUAAUACUCAAACCCCACUUGUGUUUAACUAAAACGAAGUAUAACCUAUAUAUGAUGAUGUGAACGAUGUGUUUUAGGAUUAUUGGAAUGGAUAAAAGUAAAAACACUCAAAACAGUGCCAAAAACUUAGUGUUUUGUCGGUGUUAUGACUGCAAACAAAUAUUUAGAUAAUCGUGCCAAAGCUGUGUAUGAGACGUGGGGUAAGCAGCUUCCUGGAAAAAUAGCAUUCUUUUCCUCGGAAUCGUCAAGCACAGACGCAAACAUUCCUCUCAUCAGACUAAGUGGCGUCGACGACUCCUACCCGCCGCAGAAGAAGUCAUUUAUGAUGCUCAAGUACAUGGCGGAGCAUUUCGCCGAUCACUUCGAGUACUUCAUGCGCUCCGACGAUGAUGUGUAUGUUCGUCCCGACCGCCUGGAACUGUUCCUCCGCUCGGUGAACAGCACUCACCCACAGUUCAUCGGCCAGGCAGGGAGAGGCACUCAGGACGAGAUUGGUCUCUUGUCCCUAAAGACGGACGAGAACUUCUGCAUGGGAGGUCCGGGCGUGAUCAUGAGCCGCGCCACACUCCUGCAGAUCGCACCGCACAUCAGGGACUGCCUCAAGAACCUCAGGUCAACACACGAAGACGUGGAGGUCGGGCGGUGCGUGAGGAAGUAUGCUAAUGUCCCGUGCACUUGGUCCUACGAGAUGCAGAGUAUUCUGUACCAUAACAGCAGUGGCACUGAGGCCUUCACAGGACCUCUCAAGCAGCGGGAAGUGCACCGCGCCAUCACUCUGCACCCAGUCAAGAACCACACCCACCUCUACCGCCUCCACUCCUACGUGCAGGGGCUGGCCAUACGGGCGGCGGAGGGGGAAGUGGUGCGCUUGACCCGUGAACUGGAUAGAACAAGCGAGGAGGCGGGACUGUCGCCGCCGCGCCUCGACCAGCCCGCUUCCGGCACUUUCAUCAGUCAUUUGGGCAUGGAUGCGAGUCUUCAGAAGUGGAAUGCAGGCCUAGAGGAAGAGGUGGUACCGUGGGACUUUUUCAGCCGUGCUGCCUUCCAGCUUGGGGCUGCCAACCCCCGCCACAAGAUCACAUCUGGUGUUAAUGAAGGACUCAAUGAUGUUGUCAGGGAUUUUAUGGACAUGAUUAACAGAGUCUCAAAGGAGCGAGGGCGUGUCAUAGACUUCAAGGAGGUACUGUAUGGCUACAUCAGGUGGCAUCCUUCUCUGGCCUCAGAGUAUAUCCUUGACAUGCUGCUCCUCUACAAGAAGUUUCGUGGCAAGAAAAUGACAGUUCCUGUACGCAGACACGCUUACAUGCAGGUUCCUCUUGGACCACUCUAUGUACGAGAGAUUGAGCAAGAGCACCUACUUGAACCUGCUAGUCCGACUUCUGCUAUUCAGGAGCUUGUGGAGGUAGUGGUGAAGAGCAGCCUCAAAGAUCUCAGUAAACUCAGUUACAAGGUCCCCUCUGGAGAGCCUUCCAUUCCUCAAAAACCAAAGAAGAUUCACUUCAUCUUGCCUCUAGCAGGGAGAUUGAAAACCUUCCAGCGGUUCAUAGAAAACUUUAGGUCAACAUGCCUAGAAAGGGAAGAGAACGUGGCUUUGGUGGUGGUGUCCUUCCAACCACCUCCCGGGGAGGAGGACACAAGGGACCAUGUGGAGGCACUCAUUUCCAGCCUCCAUCUAGACUACCCAGAAGCAGACAUGACUGUCCUCCAAGCUAAUACAACCUUUUCUCGAGCAAUGGCUCUAGAAUUAGGAGCCAACCUCUGUAAGGAUAGUGACCUGAUGUUUUUCAUUGAUGUGGACAUGACAUUUACUUCAGCCACCUUGGACAGAGUUCGUCUUCACACCAAAGAGAGACUUCAGAUCUACUACCCAAUUGUGUUCAGUGAAUUUGAUCCAGAUUUUUCAAGAGAUGGCAAAAUAGAUGGAUAUGAUCACAGUUUGAUAAAUGAAGAUGUUGGCUAUUGGAGGGCCUUUGGCUUUGGAAUUGUAGCCAUGUACAAAUCUGACUUACGGUCAGUUGGAGGAUUAGACACUUCCAUACUUGGCUGGGGUGGAGAGGAUGUUGACCUCUAUGAAAAGGUGCUUAAGAGCGAAAUCCAGAUCUUCCGUGCUGCUGACCCAGGUCUGACUCAUGUCUUUCACCGUGUGGCCUGUGACCACAAUCUGGAGGCCUCACAGUAUCAGAUGUGCCAAGGAACUCGCUAUAGUACAUAUGGUGCUCCACAUGUCCUGGUGAAAACCAUUCUCGAAAAUCCGGAUAUACUAGCACAUAAAAGAUCACAACGAUGAUUGUCAUAGUUCAUAGUUUGCCAUAGUUGUCCACAUAAGUCAUUAUUUUUACAAGACAGUGUUAAACAGAAAAGGGAAACAGUAUUAUAAAUUAUAUUUUUCAAUUUAAUUAACUUAUUCCUAUGUAUAUGUCCUAUUUAUACCUAAUUAGUGAUAUACAUUAUACUGUUCUCUGUUGCCGGAACCUGAAUACUGAACAGCAUAAUCUUCA